CACCAUCAGCUUGUCAGGUGACCACACGGGAAAUUUUGUCAAGGAAAGUGACUGUCCUGGAGACAUAGCUAUGUCUCGGAUAAGUGAUCGAUGUCUUAUAUGUUUACAGCGGACACAACUUUGAGUCUAUGCUAGAGUCAGUUCUCCGACGACGACGUUUUGGAGACAUUACGCGCUUUAAAUCGAGUCUUCUGAAGCGGAACUGACACCAUGCUAGCCACCGUGACUGCUGUGGUUACCUUGGCUCAGUACAAUGACACAGUGUCACCUACAACAUUGGAGAACACAUCUGGAUUCCCAACUUUUCAGCCCGAUGGUCAAACCAACAUCACCAAGCUGCACAAAUGUCUGCAAGUCUUGUAUGAGGAUAUUGGAGACUCCAGGGUGCGCUUCUGGGAUAUCGUGCUGCUGGUGCCAAAUGUGGCCUUCUUCGUGUUCCUGAUGUGGAAGCUACCCUCGGCGAGGGCAAAGAUCCGACUCACUUCCAGCCCCAUUUUUGUCACCUUCUACUUGCUGGUCUUUGUUGUCGCAGCAGUUGGAAUCAUUCGCGCUAUUGUUUCCAUGACUGUCAGCGCAUCCAGUGCAGCCACCAUUGUGGACAAAGUGCUGUGGGAAAUCACCCGCUUCUUCUUGCUUGCUAUUGAGCUCAGUGUCAUCAUCCUGGGACUCGCCUUUGGUCACCUGGAGAGCAAGUCCAGUAUAAAACGUGUGUUGGCUAUUACUGCUGUGUUGGCUCUGGCAUACUCUAUCACACAGGGAACACUAGAGAUAUUGUACCCAGACAGUCACCUCUCCGCCGAGGACUUUAACAUCUAUGGUCAUGGAGGACGGCACUUCUGGUUAGCCAGUUCCUGCUUCUUCUUCUUGGUUUACUCUUUGAUUGUCACCCUUCCUAAAACUCCAGUGAGGGAAAGGAUAUCGCUGCCAUCUAAAAGGAGUUUCUACGUGUAUGCAGCUAUCCUGUCUCUGCUGAACUUCGUUCAGGGUUUGGGCAGCGCUCUGCUGUGUGCUGGGAUCAUAGAAGGACUUUGCUGCGUGGAUGUCACCACCUUCCUGUAUUUUUCUGCCUUUGCGCCGCUCAUUUACAUCACAUUCCUCAAGGGAUUCUUUGGUUCGGAACCGAAGAUCCUGUUCUCCUACAAGUCACAGGUGGAUGAGCCGGAUGAAAGCGAUGUCCACCUUCCUCCAACCAUAGCCACGACCCUCGGCCGCAAGGAGCUCACCGACCAGGGCUUGUACUACUCCUCCACACAGAUCGAUGGCAACGGUCCUGGCAGCUCUCGCAUGGUCGGAGCGUACUUGGAUGACGUUGCAUCGGGACCCUAUGGGUCAAGCAGCAUCAACAGUAUUGAAGCUGACCGUUGGAGGCCUAUCAAUGUGUGAAAGGAUACACGGCUGUGCAGAUAAAGUACAGUGUGGAUGAGAGGAGUUUGGCAGGAUGGGGAUCAGAAAAGUGUUGCUGAGCCACCAAAGAAGUAUGAUCUUGGUCUUUCUUUGAUGCCCAGAAUAAGUUAAACAAAUGGACACUUAAACAGAGACUUUGGCUUAUCUGUUUGCAGAGGACAGAGAACUUGCUUUGGUAACACUUGUUUUGCUGCUGUUGCUCCAUGCUGAGGUUGCUGGCCCUGAUGUUAUCUAUUGAUUCAGCUCCACAGGCUCUUCAGUGUGACUGCUUAUCAAUUUGUUUCAGCACAUUUUCUCUAACUCCAGAACUAAAAGUCCACUCCUCUGUCCUUAUAUAUGCAGUUUGAGCCAUGUUUUAGAAUCCUAAAUCAAUCUAACAUGAUUUAAUAACGCGACACUUGUACAUUCUUGCCGAAAGGUUUGAGGACCAGCAUUUAAAGGAGUUCAUGUGCUGUCUUAUUGUGUGUUAGAUUUGGAACUGAGCUGGCUAAUCAGUGUUUGUGAUUUUUGAGCACAAGCAUUUAAUUGUGGUUUAUCAUCUAAUACAUUUGCUUUCCUAAGUAAAAAUGAUAAACCACAUAGCAACUCCUAAACACAGGCAUUAAAAGAUCACAAAACAUUUGAGACACAGUAACAAUUCUGAAAGGAAGUUGUAUUUCAUUGAGAUUCUAUGUAUACUUUGAUUGUGUUCAUACUUUAUAAUUUCUGCCUUUGCUUUGUAUUUUUUAUACAAGAAAAAACAUUCCUGCCUCUGCAAAAACACCUGUUGCGUUCAGACUCAACACAUCUGGUUCUGCUUGUUCACAGACCACCUUAUGUGUUCUUUCAUUCAUUUUCUUUGCAGAAUUUGUAAUAUUGCUUCUUUGAACAAGAGGCUGGUGCUGCAGUUUAUUUGUUGUGUUAACACAGGACCUGUUGUUAUGAGAUCAGAAACAACACUGCUCAGUCUUAACGUAUCUGUACGUCUCAUAAAAGCCUUGUCAGAUAAUUAGACCUUUUGAUUUUGCAAUGAGCAAAGAUAAUGAAAAUGCAGGGAAUCCGGGCAAUAUCUGGGCAAUUUUCUUUAUUUUUUUUAAAGGAAAGUUACAGUUUAGUUUGGGUGUUAUUCUUUCAUUUCCCAAUUUAAUUAAAAGGAAAUCUUCUACCUUUAUGUGUGUAUUUGAAUCACAUCACAUGCCUACCAGCUGUGGAGCAUAAUUCAGGCUUUUCUCCAAAACCUUAGUGUUUCCUAUGGGUGACUUGCUUAUUUGACCCUCCAGUUUUGUCGGGUCACAUUGAUUUGUAUCCAGAAAGUAUUGAGUUAUUUAAAAAAAACUAUAUAAAGUGACAACAAUGCAGACUUUGAAGUACUUAAUGCUGCUGAAAGAUGUUGAGCAGUUUGGGAGAAAAGAAGGGCGUUUCCUGACAAAAAAUUGUGCAUUAUGGAAAAAAACAUCUUUAAUACACCAAAUCUUUCAUAGUGAGGUUUUGCAGGUGGUGCUUUAAUUACAGUGUGUUGGGUAUUCCAUGUGCUGCAAAAUAAACUGGACUCUUUA